AUGGACGUCCGAUCGUACAGAGGACCGAACAUCGACUCUGAUCACUUCCUGGUAGCGUGCAAGAUCCGAGCUAGGCUGUCGAACGUGUUGACCCCGCGGACUGCGAGGAUAGCGCGGUUGAACGUCCAGCGCCUCGCGAGCAGCGACGUUGCUGCAGAGUACAGUCGGAAGCUCGACGAGCGGAUCAACGAGGACGCGCCUACAGUGAUUGGCACGACCAGAGGACGCAAACCCAAAGGGUGGUUCGAUGCGGAGUGCCAGCGAGUGACGGACGAGAAGAACGAGGCCAGAAAGCGUAUGCUGGUUAAGGGUACGCGCCGAAACUGUGAGCGAUACAGUGAGCUGCGAAGAGCUGAGAAACGAACCCACCGCCGAAAAGAACGGGAGUACGACGAGAGAGUACUUGCCGAAGCUCAAGCACAGUACAACGCGAAUGAUAAGCGGAGGGAAGGUAACCUGUUGACAGAUAAGACAGCGGUAGCGGCCAGGUGGAAGGAGCACUUCCAACAGCUGUUGAACGGUGAGACGCGAGAGGGAAUCGUCGAGGACAGGAUGAACGUUGAGGACGAUGGAAUAGCUGUGGACCUGCCUACGUUGGAGGACGUGGAAAAAGCCGUAAAGGAGCUCAAGAACGCGAAAUCCGCGGGAAAGGACGGACUUCCGGCCGAGCUUUUCAAGCACGGGAGCGCGCGGAUGAUCGAGAUUCUGCACCAAAUCGUCCAGCGAAUUUGGUGCGAAGAACAGCUUCCGACCGACUGGUUAGACGGGCUCAUCACCCCAAUCUACAAGAAAGGGCAAAGACUCGAUUGUGCCAACUAUCGAGGCAUCACAAUCCUCAACUCAGCGUACAAAGUACUAUCCCGAAUCCUGUGGAGCAAGCUGAGACCCUUGACCGAGACCUUUGUCGGCGAAUACCAGUGCGGUUUUCGAGCGGGUCGGUCAACGACGGAUCAGAUGUUCACUCUGCGACAAAUCCUCGACAAGUUCCGGGAGUACAACCUGCAAACACACCAUUUGUUCAUCGACUUCAAGGCGGCGUACGAUUCAGUCAAAAGAAACGAACUUUGGAAAAUUAUGCUAGAACACGGCUUUCCGGCGAAGCUAAUUAGACUGAUUCGUGCAACGCUCGACGGAGCAAAAUCAAGCGUGCGAAUAGCUAACGAGACAUCUGAAGCUUUCGUUACGUUGGAUGGAUUGAAGCAGGGCGAUGCUCUCUCGAACUUACUGUUCAUCAUAGCGUUGGAGGGUGCUGCUCGAAGGGCAGGCGUGCAAAGAAACGGAACACUCAUCACUAAAUCGCACAUGCUGCUUGGAUACGCUGACGACAUCGACAUCAUUGGUAUCGACCGUCGGUCAGUGGAGGAGGCGUUCGUUCCUUUCAAGCGGGAAGCUGCGAAGAUCGGACUGACCAUCAACACUGCCAAGACCAAGUAUCUGGUUGCUGGCAGAGCGCGUGGCAGUGCAGGUGAUGGUGUUUCGGAGGUGGAAAUAGAUGGAGAAAGAUAUGAGGUGGUGGAUGAGUUUGUAUAUCUUGGUACACUUGUGACGUGCGACAACGAUGACCUUGAUACUCCUGUAGCUCUUUACGGUCACGAGUCGUGGACGCUAAAGGAGGCUGACCAGAGAGCACUUGGGGUCUUCGAGCGGAGAAUCCUGCGUACUAUCUUCGGCGGCAAGCAAGUAGGAGACCGGUGGCGCAGGCGCAUGAACUUCGAGCUGUACCAAGACUACAAACAUGCUGAUAUCGUAAAAGUCAUCAAGCACGACAGGCUGAAGUGGGCUGGACAUGUAGCCAGAAUGUCGGACGAGCGGGCGGCUAAAACGAUAUUCAGCAGCGAACCCGGACGGGGUCGUCGGCUUCGUGGAAGGCCUCGUACGCGUUGGCUGUGUGCAGUCGACGAAGAUGCAAGAGCGGCCAACAUUGUGGGCGACUGGAGACGAGCGGCCCAAGAUCGAGCAUCCUGGAAAUCUUCGAUUAGUUCAGCGUUGGGUCGAUAG